GUGUGUGUGUGUGUUAGGUUGGUAUAAAAGCUGUGGUACUGCUCGAUAACACACACAUCCUCAGACUGAGCUCGGACCAACAGUCAGGAUGCAUAUAGACCUGCUGUGGCUGACUGCUGCGCUUCUAUCUUUCCCGGUGCUUACAAUAUGUGAUCCGCUUAACGUGUUGGUGGCCCCGAACCUGCUGCGCGUGGGGACCCCUGAGAAAGUGUUUGUGGAAGUGCAGGAUUAUAAUGGAGGUAACAUCCCAGUGAAGAUCAGUGUGAAGAACCACCCAAAGAAAACUUCAGAACUGACAUCUCAAUCAGUCGUCCUCACUGCUGAUAAAAACUACCAGGCAACUGUAGACAUAACGAUUCCUGACAAUAAAGACUUCUUUAGUGAAGACCCACUGGAGAAGCAGUAUGUGUAUCUGCAGGCUGAGUUUCCUUCCAAAAUGCUCGAGAAAGUGGUCUUAGUAUCGUUUCAGUCUGGAUACAUGUUCAUUCAGACAGACAAGAGCAUCUACACACCUGGAACAACAGUUCUUUACAGAAUCUUCUCACUGACUCCUGAUCUGCAGCCUGUUGACAAGAGUGGAGGAAUCUAUGUGGAAAUCAUAAAUCCUCAAGGAAUCACAAUUAACAGGGACACAAUCUUUCCAAAAGAAGGGAUCAUAAAAGGGUUAUACAGCAUCCCUGAAGUUGCAAAAUCUGGAAUAUGGACUGUAGCAACACGGUACAAAAACACCCCACAGAAGAACUUCACUGCUGAAUUUGAAGUUAAAGAAUAUGUGCUACCGAGUUUCGAGGUAAUAUUAAAACCAUCAACACCUUUUUUCUACGUGGAUGAUAAGGAUCUUACCGUUGAUAUAACUGCCAAGUACCUGUUUGGAAAAGAUGUGAAUGGUGUUGCAUUUGUGGUGUUUGGCGUUAAGAGCGAAGACACUAAAACCGUUCUACCUGCCUCUUUAACCAGAGUACAGAUCAUUAAUGGAGAGGGACGUGCUGAGCUCACAAAAGAGAUGAUCCUUCGCUCCUUCCCUGAUAUUAAUAAACUGGUCGGAAGCUUUUUGUACAUUUCUGUCAGUGUUAUAACUGAGACUGGUAGUGAAAUUGUUGAAACAGAGAAGGGGGGCAUUCAAAUUGUGACAUCACCCUACACCAUCCAGUUCAAGAGAACCCCAAAAUUCUACCAUCCAGGAAUGUCUUUCGAUGUCACAGUUUAUGUGACCAAUCCGGACCAGUCACCUGCUGAAAAUGUGGACGUACUGAUCCAGCCUGGUAACGUUAAGUCUCGAACCAAGAGUAACGGCAUGGCUAAGGCCAUUCUGAACACGCAGGGAGGAGAUAGGCCACUACAUAUCACUGCAAGAACUGCAGCCGAAGGUAUACCAAAUGAAAGACAAGCUGAAAACAAGAUGACUGCCCAACCUUACACCACCAAAGGAGGCUCUGGCAAUUACUUACAUUUAAGUGUAGAUGCUGCAGAACUGAAAAUCGGUGAUCAGUUGAACAUCAAUGUAAACUUCAAAACUGCUGUCCCCGAUCAAGAUGUAACUUAUCUGGUCCUUAGUAAAGGACAGAUUGUACAAGGAGACAAGUUUCUAAGACGUGGACACCAGGCAGUUACUUGGUCUCUACCGGUCACCAAGGACCUGGUUCCCUCAUUUCGAGUGGUUGCGUAUUACCAUGUAGGAUCCUCAGAAGUUGUGUCUGACUCCAUCUGGGUCGAUGUGCAGGACACAUGCAUGGGAACGCUAAAACUUGAUGUAAAGGAGAGUUUAAAUGUCAAGAGGUCAUUUGAGCCUGGUGAUGGCUUUCAUCUAAUAGUUACUGGAGAUCCAAAUGCCAAGGUUGGUCUGGUAGCUGUGGAUAAAGCUGUAUUUGUCCUCAACAAGAACAGACUCACACAGACUAAGAUCUGGGACAUUAUUGAGAAGCAUGACACUGGCUGUACAGCAGGCAGUGGUAAAGACAGUAUGGGGGUUUUCUAUGAUGCAGGUCUACUGUUUGACUCUGAUAAAGUAGGAGGCACCAAUGAAAGAACAGCUCCCGAGUGUCCUACCCCACUGAAGAGAAAACGGAGAGCAGAGACUCUACUCCAGGUUACCCAAACACUGAUGUCUAAAUACAACACUGAAGAGAAGAAAUGCUGUGCAGACGGACUGAGGAAGAACAGGCUGGGCUAUACAUGUGAACAGAGAGCGUCAUUCAUUUUGGAUGGUGAAGAGUGUGUCAAGCCCUUCUUGCACUGUUGUAACGAGAUCCAAAAUCGCAAAGAUGAUGAUCAGAAAGACUUGUUGCUUUUGGCUCGCAGUGAAGAUGAUGAUGAUGAUUUUAUAAGCUCUGAAGAAAUUGUCACCCGAACGCAGUUCCCAGAGAGCUGGAUGUGGGAGGACAUAGAACUUCCGGCCUGCCAAAGAAACGUACCAUGUCGUACAACAAGCAGCACCUUGGGCAAAACCUAUCUAAAAGACUCUAUUACUACCUGGCAAAUCCUAGCCAUCAGUCUGUCUAAGACCCAUGGCAUCUGUGUAGCUGAUCCCUAUGAAAUAACAGUGGAAAAGGAUUUCUUUGUGGAUCUCAAGUUACCUUACUCAGCAGUCCGCAAUGAACAACUAGAAGUCAAGGCUAUUUUACAUAAUUUCUCCAAUAAGAAUCAAAAGGUGCGAGUGGAUUUCUUUGAGACAGAGCAUAUUUGUAGCGCGGCCAGUAAAAAGAAGAAAUACCGUACAAUAGUUAAUGUUGAAGCCGAGUCCACCAUUUCCAUCCCUUAUGUGAUUAUUCCCAUGGAACUGGGGGAACAUCACAUAGAGGUGCAGGCUGCUAGUUCAUCACUUCAUGAUGGAGUACGAAAAACGCUGAAGGUGGUGUCGGAAGGUGUGCUAACUGAACUCCCAGAAAAAAAUUUGGAAUUAAAUCCCUCUAAAGUAGCUGGUGGCGUUCAAGUUGUGCAUUUGAGGACUGAGGUACCACCCGGGCAGGUUCCAAACACUCCUGCACACACUUACAUCACGGUGGCUGGUCAGGAGGUGAGUCAAACAAUUGAACAGGCCAUCAGUGGAGAUUUUAUGGGGCGCUUGAUCGUACAACCCCAUGGCUGCGGAGAGCAAAAUAUGAUCUUUAUGACGUUGCCUCUAAUUGCCACACACUAUUUAGAUAACACCAACCAGUGGGAAAAAGUUGGCAUGCAACGACGUAUUGAGGCUAUCAAGCACAUCCAGACAGGAUAUGAAAGAGAACUUACAUUCCGUAAAACUGAUGGUUCUUAUGCUGCAUGGAUACAUACACCUAGCAGCACAUGGUUGACAGCAUACGUAUCCAAAGUCUUUGCUCUGGCUAGUGACCUAAUCACGAUAAAUGAAGAUAUCCUUUGCAGUGCUCUCAAGUGGUUAAUUCUGAAAUCACAGAUGCCAGAUGGCUCAUUUAUAGAAAAUGCCCCAGUCUAUCAUGGAGAGAUGGUUGGUAAUGUACGAGGUAAAGAUGCUGAUGCAUCUCUGACAGCAUUUGUCUUGAUUGCCCUGCAAGAAGGAAAACAUCUUUGUGCUAAAUCAGUUGGAAGUCUUCCAGAGUCUACCAGGAAGGCCACUGAGUAUCUGGAAAAAAGACUCCCCUCUUUGACCAAUCCGUAUGCAGUUGCAAUGUCUUCAUAUGCCUUGGCCAAUGCUGGCAAGUUUAAGAAACAGCAUCUGCUGCAGGCUUCCACUGAAGACGGUGCUUACUGGCAAGUUCCUGGUGGACAUCACUUCUCCCUGGAGGCAACAGCGUAUGCUGUGCUGGCUCUGGUAAGGGCAAAGGAGUUUGAUGCAGCAGGAAAAGCUGUUCAUUGGCUUAAUAGGCAGAGCAGUCCUUAUGGGGGUCAUGGCACCACCCAGGCAACCAUAAUAGUGUUCCAAGCAGUGGCUGAGUACUAUAAACAAGUAAGAAGUCGACAGAAUGCAGACCUUGAUGUGGAAGUGAGCGUGAGUGGACGAAGUCGUUCCAUCAAAUGGAUAUUCAACAAGGACAACUCACUACUUACACGCUCAGACAAGGUUCAGCUCAAGCAAGAGUUUAAUGUUACUGCUAAGGGAACUGGUGCUGGAGUUCUCAAAGUAACAACACUUUACUAUGCUAGACCCAUAGAAAAGAAGAGCGACUGCAAAAAGUUUGAUCUUUCUGUUGAAAUAAAAAAAGAAGCAAAGGUAUCAUAUGCAGGUGCUGAAGAAAGUUACGAGGUCACCAUUAACGUUCUAUUUAAGGAUCCAGAAAGAGAUGCCACUAUGAGUAUUUUGGAUAUCGGCUUGCUGACAGGAUUUGUGGUGGAUGAAAAUGAUCUUCAAGACCUAACCAUUGGAAGGGACAAAUACAUACAGAAGUUUGAGAUGGACAAACAGCUUUCAGAACGAGGCUCCCUCAUCAUGUAUUUAGAUAAGGUAUCACACUCUUUCCCAGAAAAGAUUGUAUUCAGAGUGCACAGGAUAAAUAAGGCUGCUUUGCUUCAACCGGCUGCUGUCAGUGUGUAUGAUUACUACUCUCCAGGGGAACGCUGUAUGAAGUUCUACCAUCCUACAAAGAAAGAUGGAGCCCUGAACAGAUUGUGCAUUGACCAGAAAGAUCUGUGCCAGUGUGCUGAAGAAAACUGCAGUGUCCAGAAAAAACAAAAAAUUGGUGAGCAAGAGCGAGAGAACAAAGCUUGUGAAGCUGGCAUGGAUUACGCUUAUAAAGUGAAAUUAAUUAAAGUGGACCAAAACCCAAACACAGAUUAUUAUGAAAUGAAGAUUGAAGAGGUCCUGAAAGAAGGUACUGACCAUGAUGUACUUGACAAAAUAAGGACAUUCAUGGGUCAUGCUAAUUGCAGAGAGUCUUUUGGAUUUGUGGAAGGCAAGAGCUACCUCAUCAUGGGCCACAGUGCUGACCUACCGAGGAUAGAGGGAAAGCUGCAGUACAUCCUGGGUGAGCAGACUUGGAUUGAAUACUGGCCCACAAGCGAGGAAGGUCAAACUCGUCAGUACAAAGAAACUUACAUCGGCAUUGGCGCACUGUCUCAAAUGCUUAAGGACUUUGGGUGCACUACAUAAACAUGUAUUGUUUUUUUUUUCUAAACAACUUUCACAAAAAACAAUCUUUUCUAUUACUGUGAUGGUGAAUUUACUACCAGUACUCACCUAAGCAAGUAUUCAUCCUAGCAUUCACACUUUCCUUUUUGAAGCUUUCUGUAAUAUCUGAAAGUAGAACAUGAAUAAAAUGUCUUCCUUUCAAUCCA